UCUCGAUAGGCGCGGCAAUAAUUCUCAAGCAUUAUCUAUUCUAUUCCCUUAGUAUUCCAACGAUAUAUAAAUCAAACGCAAAACACAAACAUCAAAUUGUCCAUUCUUUUCUUAAAUCCAACAAAAUUUAGCUAGAACCAUGGGAGAUCGCAACAAGCGUCCGGUUAUUCUGCUCAAGGUUCCGUCCUCCGAUGAUUUCUAUGGUUCGGCCUUGCGCAGCCAUAAUUUGGAUCCCAUCUUUAUUACGCCGUCGCAUUUUGUGUUCAAGAACCUUAAGCAAUUGCAAGCGAAGCUGCUCGAGCCUCACAAAUAUGCUGGCAUUAUCUUUACGACCCCUCGCUGUGUCCAGGCUGUAAACGAGGCACUGGGGAAGACGCCACUUCCAAGUUGCUGGCGGGCGUUACACAACUACUCCUUGGGAAAGAACACUCACAGCGCCGCCUGGAUGACAUUCCAGAAUCUUUCGACUCUGGGCGACCACGCCGUAAAUGCGAAUAAUCUGUGCGAUCUGAUUGUGGAGACCUUCGGACCCAAGAGGGAUCUGCCACUGCUGAUGCCCUGUGGAAACGGCGUGGGUCAGACGCUGCGUCUCCGCUUGGUCGCCCAGGGAUUCCGGGUGGAUGCCUGCGAAGUGUACGAGAGUCGGUCUCAUCCGGAUUUCAUCAAUCAGAUGCGGCACGCUCUCAAGUUCAAGCGAAUGGAAACGAUUGUGUUCUUUGGACCCUCCAGUGUCCGCAGUUCCUUGGAGUUUUUUGGGGAUUACAACGUUUCGCUUAAGGAUCGCAAGCUAAUAGCCGUGGGAAGUGGUACCAGGAAGGCAAUGGAGGAAUCCGGUAUGCAGGCGGACGGAGUUGUAGAUGCUGCUGAUGUGGACCACCUGAUAAAUAUCAUCAAGAAAUAGUUUAGUAUCGAUCAUUUUACGUUUUGUUUUUACCCGUUUUUACUUUUGGUAUGCUUUCAAAAUCUGUUUAGUGUCCUUU